GAGCGGAGCUUUGCUCCGCGUGUCGCGGAGCGCGCCAUGCAUGGCCCUAUGCCUCCUUUGGCUUGUCGCUUCCGUGGCUGUGGCGUCGGCUUCGAACGCCUCCGACGUGCCGAAGGAGCACGAGCGCUUCUUCGACUUCCUGAUGCACACCACGGGAGACCAGCCAGAGCUACGACACUAUUUGGUGAGGAAGCUGCUGCUGCAUCUCGCCACGGACCCCUGGCGCCCCAGGUCCCCGUGCCCCCGCUGGCGCCCCCAGAAGCGCCCGGCGGAAGCGGAAGCCGCGGCUUCCGACGAAGCGAAGCGGGGCUUGCUGGUGGUGGCGAUGAUCGCGGUGCCGGUGGAGGCCUUUGCCUGGCGCCGCAUGGUGCGCGCCACGCUUCAGGACCUCGCCGGGCCGCUGGAUUUGGGCCACGCCUGGCGCCGGGUUUCCAGCGGCGCCGAGGUGAGGCCCCGCUUCGCGGUGGGGGCGCACGCCGGGUCCGCGCUGCGGAGCCGCGUGGAGCGCGAGGCGGCCGAGUUCGGAGACAUGGCGAUCCUGAACAUGACAGACAGCUUCGAGACGGCCGGUCAGAACUCUGAGAAGACGUGGCUGUCCUUUCAGUGGGCGCUGCAAAGAUAUCCCGAUGCCCAGCUGAUCUUUCACCAAGACGGCGACACGGUGGUGGACUGGCGCCAGGCGCUGCCGCGGCUGCUGCGGGCGGUGCUGGGCCCCGAAGUUCUCUCCCGGCCCCUGGAGGAGGAGGCGCUCCAGCGGCUGCAGCUGGGCCGGCUCUGCGAGCGCACCCCCACGCACCUGCUGGCGGGCUGCCCCGGCGCGGUGGAGUUGGAGCCCUGCGGCGCCGGCUCGCUCUACGGCUUCUCAGGCGGUGGACCCCCCAAGUCGUGGGGCGUGCGCGGCUCACGAGCCACGCGGCUCACGAGCGUGGGCUCGCCACGCUCGUGA